AUGUCCUCGACUACAACUUCAACACAGGUAUACAGUGAGGGAACUGAGCUCAAGAACAGAUUGAGCGGUAGUAGACAUACUUCGUCUUCAGUUGAAGAACAGCUUAUUGAAAAGCUUGACUACUUUGUAUCCUCAAUCGAAGCUAGAUUAAACAACUUUGAGAUCUUCUUUAAAUGGAAAGAAGCACACGCUAAUAAUGAGACUGAAGGAGGUGAAGACAAGGAACCCGGGGUGGCCAAACCCAUCAAAACUACAACCAAUAUAUUCACGAACAAUCAUCGUAAUGGUGGUGUUGGUGGUGGUGGCGGCGGAGGUAGCUCGCUCUCUGCUCGCGAUAGGUCCGAUUCAACGUCAAGCUUGCAAAGUUUGAAAGAAGUAUCUUUGAUGAAGUUGAACUUGAUUAGAGAUCGACUUAGAUUGAUCAAAAAGAGUGUCCUAAGUAAAGGAUUCACCAAUGUUGAAUUUUUGUACAAUUUGUUGAAUGAUCAGUACGACUAUUUGUUCAGUUCUGUUGUUGAUCCAGAUAUGUUGGAUGAUGUGAAGGAAGAGAAGGAAUCAGAGGAAGGAGAAGAAGAAGGGGAUGACGCAAGAGCAACAGCAACCGCAACAGCAACCGCAACCGCAACCGCAACUGCUGCUAAUGGGGCCCCCAUCUCAGUUGGUACCAGCAGCAAGCGUGAAGUGCUCGCUAAUAAACUUAUAGACAUGAUCUACUACUUUGAUCAAAAAUUGACCAGUAUCGACGACUAUCUCCGUGAGAAAAACGCCAUUGUUGAAGGAGGACCCGACUUGCAUGAUGGACAACACACACAACACUUAAUCAAUUUACGAUUCUUCAACUUCAACCGUGCUUUGAAAAAUGCUGCUAGGAACAAAUACGUCCAUUACUACGAAUUACCCUUGAUGUGGCGAGAAAACAAGUAUAUUAUCCAUGGGUAUCGGUUUUCUUUGAAACAUAGUGAGAUGUGGAAACUGGUUUUCGCAUGGCAUAAUGAAACCAUGAAUAUUUGGUCGCAUUUGGUUGGUGUGGGGGUUGUUUUGUAUAUCGCUCUUGUCCAAUUCCCACAAUUGCCAGUUUUUGCACUGAUGAGUAGUGGGGAUAAGCUGAUUAUGUACAUUUUCCUAGCUGCAGCAUUGGGAUGUUUGAUUUCGUCGUCAACAUGGCAUACGUAUUCGUGUUUUGCCCAUUUCCCCAGCAGGGCCAAUUUUGCAUGUAUUGAUUAUUCAGGAAUAACGUUGUUGAUUACAUGUUCAGUUAUCGCCAUUGAGUAUUGUGCAUUGUACAACUACCCCAACUUGUCAUUGGCGUUUGUUAUUUUCACGAUGUUGUGUGGUGUCGGUGGGUUUGCUUUCAAUUGGAGUCCGUAUUUCGAUAAACCCGAGUGUCGUCCAUUACGCAUUGGGUUCUUUAUCGGGUUGUCGUUUUCGGGGUCUACUGCACUUUUAUGCCAAGCGUGGUAUUAUGGAGUCUGGCACGCGUUGUGGUUCACGUUGCCGUUGUUUUACAAGAGCUUUGUGUGGUAUUUGUUGGGCGUUGUGUUUUAUGGUGGGUUGAUACCGGAGAGGUGGAGGUUUGAUGUGAUUAUUGAGGAGAACAGUGCCGGGUCGUGCCAGCAUCGUUAUGAUGCUAUUGAUGUGAUUGAGGAUAAGGUGGGACAUGCUGGUGAGGAGGAGAUUGAUGAGAUUGAACUGGAGUUGUUGGAUUUGGAGCUGCAUCGGUUGCAAAAGGUUACGGAUGGGAUUCAUGAGGAGGAGCAAGGAGGGGAUAAAGAGGGAAAACAGGAAGAAGAGGAAGCAGAGGAACAUGUAAAUGAUGGCACCAGCACAUCCGAUUUCGAAGAUGACGAUGAGAAUGACGAUGAGAAUGAGGAGGAGAAUGAGAAUGAGAAUGAGAACGAGAACGAGAACGAGGACAACGAUUUUAAACGGUUGGUGAGGAAACACUUCAAGAGGGAACCCACCAAAACACCAUAUGCCAAUACGUUUAUGAGUUUAUGGUGGGUGGAUUACUUCUUGGCUAGUCAUAACAUUUGGCAUAUAUGUGUCUUGUUGGGCAUUUUGGGUCAUUAUGCAUGCUUGGUUCAGAUGUUCAAUGCCAUCAAGGGGGUAUAA